AAUUUGACCAAACCCUAAUUCCCCACAUUAUUUAUUCAGAGUCAACAUAAACCCACCCAACCGCAACGAGGAGUUAGUUCGAUUCCUUCAUCCUCAAAUUCAGAUCAGAGAAAGCUUAAAGCUACAGUCGAGCUAAUCCAGGUCGUGAUUUGUGGAUCUGUAGGUAUCCGCCAUGGACGCCGUAAAGAGGAGAGCUAUAAAAACGCUAGUUGGAAAACUGACCUCAGUAUCGGAGCAGACGCGGACGGAGGCAAUCUGCGAGCUGCGUCUCCUCUCGAAGAACGACGCCGACAGCCGGCCGCUGAUCGCGGAAGCCAACGCCGUGCCGUUGAUCGCCGAGUCGCUGUACGCGCCGGCGGUGAUUCUGCAGGAGAACGCCGCCGCGACGCUGCUGAAUCUCUCAAUUUCUUCCAAGGAUCACCUCAUGUCGUCACACGGCGUGCUCGACGCGCUCUCCCACGCGCUCCGCCAUCCGGCGACUCCAUUCGUCGCGCAAUGCGCUGCCGCCACCAUUUUCAGCCUGUUGAGCUUCGAACCCUACCGCCCGAUCAUAGGCCACAAGAGAGACAUAAUCUUCGGCCUGGUGGAGAUUGUGAGGAGCCAGGGCUCGGCCGCCCGGUCCAUCAAGGAUGCUCUGAGAGCUCUUUUCGGCGUGGCUCUGUAUCCGCUGAACCGGGCUCAGAUGGUGGAGCUCGGGGCGGUCCAGGCCCUGUUUACAUUGGUGGUUAAGGAUGGGAGGGUAGGGCUCAUCGAGGACGCGACGGCGGUGAUCGCGCAGGUCGCCGGAUGUGAGGAGAGUUGGGAGGUUUUUAAGAAGGCGUUGGGGAUGGAAGUGUUGAUGGAUAUGCUGGAUAAUGCGACGGGGUCGAGUUUCAGGACAAAGGAGAAUGUGAUCUCGGCGCUGCUGAAUUUGGUGCAAUGUGGGGGUCAAGAGGUUGCGAAUGAUGUGAAGGGGAAGAUGGAGUCGAGGGUUGUUGAUGGGAUUGUCGAGGUGGCUGAGAGCGGGAGCGAGAAGGGGAAGAGCAAGGCUGUCGCGCUUUUGAAAGCUCUCGACAUUCGGGAUAAUGGGAGGCUCGAGUCUUAUUCGAGCCUCACUUCUUGAGAAGAGGGCUUUUGAG